GUGUUACCAGUGCUGUUGCUGCUUGUGUUCCUGUGCAAGGCCUGCUGUGCCAUCCCCCAGGCAGUGCCCUGCAGAUGGGCUGUGGAGGGCUGGGCUGGGACAGGGACUGCUGCGUUCCCUCACAGCUCCCCUGCCAUUUCUCUUGUCCCUGCAGGCUCCAGUUCAACUCUGCCUUCCAGCCGUGAUCAUCUCAGCUGCAGGAGAGCAGCAGAUGGCCACAGCACAUGCAUCUCAGGAGCCCGUGAGCUUUGUGGAGGUGGCUGUGUAUUUCAGCAGGGAGGAGUGGGCGCUGCUGCACCCUGCGCAGCGAGCGCUGUACCGGGACGUGAUGCUGGAGACGUACCAGUGCGUGGCCUCGCUGGCGCGACUUCCAGUCUCCAAACCCAUGGUGAUCUCCCUGCUUGAAGGAGGGGAAGAGCCCUGGAUCCCAGAUGUGCGUAGCCCUGAGGCCGUGCCAGGAGACCUCAGCCCAGCAGGAACUGGGAUUGCAGAUGUACUGGAGGACCUGGAGGAAAGUGGUGUGGCCAAAAGGCGGUGGGGUGGUGUCUGUGUGGAAGAAAUCAGAAGGGAUGUCCAAGGAGGCCUGGAGCAAGGUCAGGGUGAGCACAUCAUGGAGCCACUGGGAAAGGGUCUGGGAAAGACAGGAUGCAGCCCACAACAUUUCAGUGUAGGUCAAAAGGAGCCUGAAGAACCCAGGAGCAAGGAUAUGUGCCAGCAGAAAAUGCAGAAUCCCUGCACUGAGUGUGGAAAUAGCUUUGAAAAAGAUUCCAGCAUCAUUAACCACCAGUGCAUACACUCUUCAGUGACCACAAACAAGACCUCUGGGUGUGGGAAGAGCUUCAAGAGCUGUUCUGCAUUGAAGCUACACAAGCGGAUACACACAGGACAAAUGCCAUUUCAGUGUCCUGAGUGUGGGAAGAGCUUCAGAAGGAGUUCUGAAUUGCAGCUGCACCAGCGCUUCCACACAGGGGAGAGACCCUACGAGUGCUCUGACUGUGGGAAGAGCUUCACAAUGAGUUCUGAUUUAAAGAGGCACCAGCGCAUCCACACAGGUGAAAAACCCUACAAGUGCUUUGAGUGUGGAAAGAGCUUCACAAUCAGUUCUAUUUUAAACAGGCACCAGCGCAUCCACACAGGGGAGAGACCUUACAAAUGUCCUGAGUGUGAGAAGAGCUUCAGAAGCAGUUCUGAAUUGAAAUUGCACCAGCGCUUCCACACAGGUGAAAAACCCUACAAGUGCUCUGAGUGUGGGAAGAGCUUCAAGAGGUGUUUUGAAUUGAAGCUGCACAAGCGCAUACACACAGGAGAGAAACCAUUUCAGUGUCCUGAGUGUGGGAAGAGCUUCAAAAGCCAUUCUGAAUUGAAGCUGCACCAGCGCUUCCACACAGGGGAGAGACCCUACAAGUGCUCUGAGUGUGGGAAGAGCUGCACAAGCAGUUCUGAUUUAAAGAUACACCAGCGCAUCCACACAGGGGAGAGACCUUACAAAUGUCCUGAGUGUGAGAAGAGCUUCAGAAGCAGUUCUGAAUUGAAGUCGCACCAUUGCAUCCACACAGGUGAAAAACCCUACAAGUGCUCUGAGUGUGGGAAGAGCUUCAAGAGGUGUUUUGAAUUGAAGCUGCACAAGCGCAUACACACAGGAGAGAAACCAUUUCAGUGUCCCGAGUGUGGGAAGAGCUUCAAAAGGAGUUCUGAAUUGAAAUGUCACCAGAGCAUCCACACAGGAGAGAGACCUUUUCAGUGUCCUGAGUGUGAGAAGAGCUUCACAAGAAGGUCUAAUCUCAAGACCCACAAGCACAUCCACAGUGCAUGCAGGCUAUAGAAGAAUCACAACAUAUGGGGAGCCUUCAGAAGCAGUUCAAGCCUCAUUACCUACCAACACAUCCACACAAGAUACAGAACCUGCAGAGCUCCGAAGGUGGGAAGAGCUACAGCCAGAGCCACAGCAUGAUGACCACCUGUGACUUUGUGUGGUGAUGAACCUUACAAAUCUCUUGAGUAGAGCAAGAGCUCUGCGGCCAAACUCAAUCCUCUUUCUCCUUCGUUGCAUGAGAAUUAUGCAUGUUGCUGUCCUUCAGCUGCAGUUUCUGUGUUGAGUGGCCACGCAAAGGAGAAUCCAAAGUAGGAUGUGUCACAGCCAUGUAUGGGAAGAGCUUUUGCCAGGGGAUCCUCUCAGACCAAUGACCCUAGAAAUGCCUGCACUGCAGGAAGAGCUCAUCCUGAGCUCAGUCGUCAUUAAACAUUGUCCAGUCCUUGUGGUAAGGAGGCCCUGCAAGUGUCUCUGGUGCAGGAAGUUUCUCUCUGGGCUGGCACCUGCUUUCCCAUGGGGAAACCCCCUACAGAGAGACCUUAAGAAUUUUGGUGAGCCCAAGA